AUAUUGCAGCCCUGGAAUCUGUAUAUAAGCAAGUAAAUAAUAUCUCGAACCGCACUAUAUUGUCCAUUGUUUUAUUCAAACAAAUUUUAAUUAAAAUGAAUACAAAUUUGGUACUCGGCACAGUCAGAUCAUUCUGUUUAAGAAGUAGAGGCAAAUGGCAAGUGCCAAUCUCAGGCUCUGUACGACAAUACGCGUCUCCACCGAAGCGUUUUUACAAGAAAACAUCAGUCCUGUGCACUGACAAUGGCUAUGAGAUUACCUUGGAUCAUAGAAAGCUGAAGACACCGAAAGGAACCCUGUUCACGGUUAAAAGUGAACCUUUAGCCAUUGCAGUGGCUACGGAAUUCGACAGCCAAAAAGAGCACAUUGAACGCUCAAGGAUGCACUUGUCUGCGUUGUGUUUCACCGCUUUGGAUAAUCCCAACAAUUUAUCAAAACUUGAUAUGGUUAAUUACUUGUUGAACUUCAUAGCCACAGAUACGGUGCUAUUCCAGUAUGAUGAUGAACAGGAUCUGCAGGAUUUGCAACACAAUGAAUGGGAUCCGUUAAUCGCCUGGUUCAAUCAGCGUUUCGAGACAAAUCUUCAAAAGACUAUGAACAUAACUCCUCCACUAGUUACCGACGAGGACAAAAUAAAAAUUGCCAAACACUUUCAGUCAUAUAAUUUGGAGACAUUGCACGGUUUUAUUUUUGCUGUAGAUACGUUGAAAUCAAUUGUACUGGCCUGUGCUGUUAUAGAACAGCAAAUCCCCGUGGAAAAGGCUGUGGCUCUGGCCCGUCUGGAGGAGGAAUAUCAAUUAAAGUUUUGGGGUCGUGUUGAGUGGGCUCAUGAUCUAAGUCAACAGGAACUACAAGCUCGACUGGCGGCUGCAGUGCUUUUUGUUCAUUUCAAUUGCUCAGAAAAUUUCAUUAAGGAAAAGCUAAUAUUAUAAGAAAAAAAAUAUAUAAAUAUAUCUUCCUGUUAAACCAUUUAGUUUCUAAAUAUAUCUGACUUGAUCUGAUUGCUCGA